AUGGGUGGCUACCCCAAUCCACGCGACUGUUCAAAUGUAUUUGUCCCGAUGGAUACGGAGGCCGUCUAUGUGAUGAAAAGCCAUCUGGAUGUGGUGAAGUUUAUAGAGCUAAAAGUAAAGUACAAACUCUGGAGCAAGAUUUUGGAGAAAGUGGCUGACAAAGGCAGAAAGAUAGAGAUAAGACUUAAAGAUGCCGUCGCUGAAGUUACAUCCGACAGUGGCUGCGUUUUUGCGGGAGUAGAAAUCAAACUUCAGAAAGAUCAGCUCCUAACGGGUUACAGAUUCUGCACAAAACAAGGUGGAGAGGACAAAGUGUUCGUUUCAAAAACUGACACAGUUCCCGUCAUUCUCUAUCGAUCGAUGGGAAUGGUGAUGGCUACUCUGGAGUAUCGCAUGAUUUGA